GGAGCAGGGAAGGGGUUAACAGCGGGGGCGGGGGCCCUACGGCCCGGCCCGGCCCGCCCCUACUUAAGGCGGCGGCGGGGGACGGGGCGGCUCUGCGCGAUGGCGGCUCCGCGACGGCCGAGCGGAGGGGGACUGCGGCGUGCCCCGCAGGACGGGCGGCUGGAGGAGAUCAAUAAGGAAUUUCUCUGUGACCCAAAGUUCAGUGAUGAGGAAGAUCUGGAAGAGAAGCUGGCAGUGUUCAAAGAGAAGUACAUGGAGUUUGACCUGAACAACCAAGGCGAGAUUGAUUUGAUGUCUGUCAAAAGGAUGAUGGAGAAGAUGGGUGUUCCGAAGACCCAUCUAGAGCUGAAGAAGAUGAUCUCUGAGGUGACCGGAGGGGUUAGCGAGACCAUCUCCUACCAGGACUUCGUUAAUGUGAUGCUUGGCAAACGCUCUGCUGUACUUAAACUGGUCAUGAUGUUUGAAGGAAAAGCCAAUGAAAGCAACCCAAAACCUUCCGGUCCACCUCCGGAGAGAGAUAUAGCCAGCCUCCCUUGAAGAGGACAGGCUGGAAAAUUGGCACUGUUUGCUUUGCUGGUCUGUAACAGAGGUUACCUGUGCUUUGUUACUCUUUACUGUGAACAGUCCUAGUUUUCAACUAACCUGCCUUAGAGGAACAUCAAGGGAAGCUGGUAACCCCAGCUCGCAUCUUUCUGCAGCAUCCCUUAGCUAACUUGACUUUCUAGACAGAAGCUGUAGCACCAAGUAUAAUGUGAGACCAAAAAAAAAGUCCUGUGAUCUUAUCUCUUUCCCCUGCCCUUCUUGCAUUUCUCAGCUAAGAAGGAGCUUUCCACCCAGCUGAUGGAUUCAGAGCUGUGCUUGUCACAACAGGUUCCUGAAGAGACUUGCUAUCAGAUAGCAGCUUCAUGGGUGCAAAUAAGUGCCUUCUGUUCUGUCCUAUGCUUCCUGACUGGAAUCUAGAUCCUAGUCCUGGAUCUGUGUUCUCAUCAGCCCCAGGAGCAAGUUCUACACAAUCAGCAUGGGAUGUCCCUGAUGUGCCUGGGUUCUCUACUUCUGGAAGACCUUUGUCAGCUGCUGAGGCUGGGAUGUUGUAAGGGAACACUUCUCAUUGAAUCUAGCAGCUAAAGGUUAUUCAUUGGGCUUCACCUUGAACCAAGUGCUUAUCACAGGUGUUCACGUUUUCAGAAGUCACUGCCUGAAGUCCCCACCUCCCUGAAAGGCAGUAGGGCCACGGUGCCCUUCUGUUCUCAAGCCAAUUUUCUGAGCCCUUCCUCUGUAGUUUGCCUUAGGACAGGAUCAGAGCUAACCUGUCAGCAGGAACAUGCUCUGUGAGUAACCAUGCAGACAGUGUCCUGCUAGCUCCUACUGGAAAUGAGAUUAGAACUUGUGUCCAUUGUAUUAACGGCUGGCUACAAGGCAAAGACAAGAACCCUCCAUGGGAUGCUGUGAACAAAAUGCAGACAAACUCAGGGGUGCCUCUGCAGCCCUGAUGCGUAAAUCCAACUGAGCCACGACUACAGGAAUAAGUUCUGCAAAGUCUGUUUCAUCUGAGGAAAAGCCACUGGCCCAUUGCUGUUUUUAGCUUUAGGUCCUUCCCCUGCCCCUUCCUGGUUUGGGUUUGUUCUGAGACUUGUUGAUGAGACUUGUUGAUCAGCCAUAGCAAAAGAGGCAAGCAGAAAGUCACAGAGUUGAUCUGCAAAGGGCCAAGCUGCAGUUCUGUCCUGGGAAGGGAGAAGUCCAACACCAGCAAGUGGGGAUCAUUAAAGCUACUUUAUGAUCCUCUUUCUGAUAAAACUACUUGGAUCAGACCAGGAGCAUAACUGCUGAACAAGUUGUCUGUCUGCCCAAGCAUAGAAACAAGCCUGCUGUUACGCUUUUGCAGCCCCUCAGGAAGGCUUUGGGGGAAAUUAGAAGGAGGGUAGGUGCCCAAACUGUGAGCCCUGUGAGCUUUUCCAAACCAGCUGUGGAUGAGGAUCUUUCUUCAUGCAUCUGCUCUCUCUGACUUUGCAGAUCUCUCUGCAUGUGUUUCAGCUUGUCCUGUGGGACUACCAGCCACGCUUCCCUGAUGUAUAAACCCCAAAGCUUACAAACUAAUGAUGGCUGUAAGUGUGGGCUAAGUGCGGGGACUGCACUGCCCACACUCUGGUUACUGCAGUGAAUCUUGCUCUUCGCACAACUUCUGGAAUCCAGAUGUUUGCUCUUUGCCCUUUCCCCGUUUUUCUUAAAUGUUCUUGGCAGCUUUGAACUUUUUAAAAAUCGGUUUAAUAGUUUUUAAAGGAAAACACAGAUGAUUAACUUGACUAGGCUUAUUGUUCCUGCCAAAGGCUGCACUUUUAAAGAAAAACCAGUCUCACUGCUGUCCGCGUGAAAACCAAAACUGUAAUGGAGAGAAAAAUUGUAAGAGCAGCACCAGUCUCCUUUAAAGACUGAAAAUAAAUCUCCUGAAGCCA